ACCCAACCAAAAUUCUCAAUUUUCCCAGUGGAUUACUCUUACAGUCCAAAGUUUCAAUUUUUCUGAGCUUCAAAAAUCCACUCUAAUGGCUUCAUCUGCAUUUGCGUUUCCUUCUUACAUAAUAACCAAAGGAGCCUCAACAGAUUCUUUCAAAUCAACUUCUCUGUCUUCUUCUCGAUCUUUGGUUACAGAUUUCCAUCUUUUGUUCUCCAGACCCAUCUCUUCCGGUCCUAAAUACCAAUCUGCCAAGUCCGCUAAACCGGAAUCUCCAGUCGCCAUAAACUGCUUAACCGAUGCCAAACAGGUUUGUGCAGUUGGGAGGAGGAAGAGCAUGAUGAUGGGCUUGCUCAUGUCUGGUUUAAUAGUUUCACAAGCCAAUCUUCCAACAGCAUUUGCUUCAACUCCAGUGUUUAGAGAAUACAUAGAUACAUUUGAUGGAUACUCCUUCAAGUACCCUCAAAAUUGGAUCCAAGUCCGAGGAGCUGGUGCUGAUAUAUUCUUUAGAGACCCUGUUGUCCUCGACGAGAACCUUUCAGUCGAGUUUUCUUCGCCUUCUUCCUCAAAUUACACGUCACUUGAAGACUUGGGAUCCCCUGAAGAAGUAGGAAAGAGAGUACUUAGACAGUACUUGACUGAGUUUAUGUCCACUAGACUCGGGGUUAAGCGCCAGGCCAACAUUCUAAGCACUUCCUCUAGAGUUGCAGAUGAUGGUAAACUCUACUACCAAGUUGAGGUAAGCCAAAGUCAAGUACCAAACUACAUCCUCCUUCUGUGAAUUCAACUGACUCGUGUUUCGGUUAAUUUGAAACUGCGUAGUGAUGUGUUGUUCAGUUUAACUCCAAUAUUAUAAGCAACAACGUAAUAGGACGGCUUAGAUCAUUUGAUAGUUGAGCUUGAUUAUAGGAAAGAUGUUCUUGUGCCUAUUGCUGAAACAAAGUGUGAAGCUUUAUGUGAAUUUGGACAGAACGGGGCCAUUACAUUUGUCUUGGUGAUAUAGAGUUGCAUAAGAAACAAUUGUUUUCUUGAUCAAUCAUAGUAGUGUAACAUGUCUUGAUCAAUCAUAAGAAUAGUUUUCAUGUCUUGGUCAAACAUGUCGUGGCGUUGUUGUUGCAACAUGUCUUGAUCAAUCAUAACAAUUGUUUCCUUGAGCAAUCAUAGUGUUUCAUGGUUGGUGUUGCAACAUGUCUUAUUUUCAGUUCAUUUGAAGCUGCUACAUGAAUAUAAUGUUUUUUCUUGAAGUUAGAGAUAUGGAAUAAUAGCUCAUAAGCUACAUUGGUUUUGAAUAAUUGAACAGGUGAACAUAAAGUCAUACGCAAACAACAACGAGCUAGCUGUGAUGCCACAAGAUCGAGUGGCUCGUUUGGAAUGGAACCGGCGCUACCUUGCAGUUCUAGGAGUUGAGAACGAUAGACUCUAUUCAAUUAGACUCCAAACACCCGAGAAAGUUUUCCUGGAAGAAGAAAAAGAUCUAAGAAGAGUCAUGGAUUCGUUUAGGGUCGAGAAGAUUUAGAAGAGCUCACAUUCUCAAUGUGAAUUUCUUCUUAUUC